AUGGCCUUUGAAGACGUCGAGUUUGUGCGGCUCGUGCAAACCACCGCAUCGGCCAUCGCCAAAGAUCUUCGGCACGGCGCGCCCGACGACGCUGAGCUGCGCCUCGAGGUGCUGCACCUCGCUCUGCUCGAGUCGCCGGGCCUCGUCUUUGCCGUUGACGCUGACGGGCACUCGCCGCUGCAUUGGAUUGCGCAGCUGGGAUCAAUCUCACUCCUGCAGCUCUUUCUUGACCACGAUGCACCGCUGCUCGUGCGCGACAAGAACGGACUCCUCCCGCUGCACUGGGCAGCGGCAGCCAACAACUUGCCAGCGCUCCAGCUCCUCUUGGCCCAGCCUGAGUCGUGCAUUGAUGACCGCGAUGUAAAGAAAGGCCAGACACCGCUGGUACUGGCCGCGCGGCACGGCCAUGCCAUGGCGGUGCUCUACCUCCUCAAGCACGGCGCGAACCCGUCGAUCGUCGACAGCGCCGAGGACAAUUUUGUGCACUGGGCGGCGUACAAGGGCAAUGUCGAGAUUUUAAGCUUGUGCCACACGUACGCCAGCGCGUUUGGCGUCGACUUUGGCCUUUUUCGAGCACUCGACGCCUUUGGCCAGUCGCCGCUGCACCUCGCGGCCAACCAAGGGCACCUCGGGUGUGUCGAAUAUCUGAUCGAAGAGCUUGACGCCGGCGUCGACGUCUGCGAUGCCAAAGGGCACACGCCACUCCAACUCGCCCAGCUGCGCGGCCACGCGUCGGUGGUUGCGUACCUCGCGCGCAAGUUUGCGCCGGCGUGGAACCGGCAGCUCGGCCACGCCUUGUAUUUCUGGUGCCGCCAUGCAAUGAACGCCGAGGCCGUCUCGCUUCAGCCGUUCUUAAGCCGCCGCGCGCCCCUGUACUUUAUGGUGGGCAAUAGUGCGCUCGGCGUCUACUGGCUCCUGCGCAUGGACAAGACGUCAUGGGCGUGGACGACCCAGUUUGUGCUGCAGGCAAUGGCUUGGAGUGGCUUUGUGUGCGCCGCCUCGAUUGCACCGGGCGCUGUCAUCCACGAAGCAUCGCUGCGCGACUCGUACACUGCGAGCAUGGUUCGCCUUCUCAGCGACUGUGGUGAUGACGGCCUCCACUUGCUCGAGAACGUCCGGCUCUGUCAUACGUGCUGCGUUGAAAAGCCCAUCGGCUCCAAGCACUGCCGGUUCUGCAAGACGUGCAUCCUUCGCUUCGACCACCAUUGCCCGUUCAUCAACAACUGCGUUGGCCAGCGCAACUAUACGUUUUUCCUUCUCUACGUGGGCGCGAUGGCGGCUGCGUCCGGGCACCUGGCGUAUAACUGGGCGAUUCACGGCACCUCGACGGCGGGUAGCGUUCUCGGGGCGCUCUACUAUGGCGGUGUCGGCGUCGUCGCCGGCAACUUGUUUUGCUUUCAUCUCUUCCUUGCGUCCAUUGACGUCUCGACCAACGAGUACCGCAACCGGCACCGGUACACGCACCUCAAGGACCGUAAGUUUGGGUCGUUUACGAGCCCGUGCAGCGACGACUGCGUCCCAAAAUGCCUCGCGCGGCUGUGCAUGAGCCUGCCGCCACUGCCCCGUGGGCUUCGCCGUCGCGCUUCGUCGCUCAAAAGCAAACUCAUCACCCACGAGAGUGGCGGGAAGGCUCUCAGCGUCUAG